AUGGAUGACCAAUCACGCGAGCUUUUUGAGACAAUAGCGGGCCUAUGGGGCUUGAACUUGGAGCAAUCUCGGGACAAGUUCACAGUGUCGGACAUUUGUGGAGAGGGGCAGUCGCCGCACAUCGACCACAUCAAUCUCGAGGAUUUGGCUGACUACAAUCUGGAUUUUCUGGAUUUGGAUUGUCAGAGUUCCGCAAAACAGAAGCCCAGACGUGUGGUGCCGACUAUUUCUGUCGUUGUGUACUUCAACGCGGUUGGGGGGAUUCGUUUUCCCUAUGCACCUGACGAAUUUGGGACGAUUGCCGCAGAGCGCGGAAGGAUCGUAAUGUUCGAGAAUUACCGCGACAGCCAGCGGCCAGAUCAUGAUGCGCUGGCUGCACACUAUGGUCUCUAUUUCGACAGCCUGCCCAAGCGCAUACUUGUGAUGGGUAUCUUGGCGAACGAAACGCCGCCUUUCUCGGCCGAUGGAACACGUUCCAAGAUCCCGCCUCCAAGUUUGAUCUACUGCCCUGGAACGGAACAGGACCCAUUGCGCCACGACAAUCCCAGUUACUGGGGCGCAGCAGAAUUGGAGGAGAUGGAAGAGCAACGUCGCCGAGAAGCGGAACAGGACAAGCUGAAGACGGCAACUUUUCUUCAGGGAGAUUUGAUUCUUCUGCUGGAGGAUAUGGUGGACCACAGUGGGGAGAAGGAGGUUCUCGUCGUAACUGGCAGGAACCUGGCAGGGGAGGAGCUCUGCACUGUGCGGGGAGGCCUGGAAGAGAAAGUCUCGUGUCUCCGAUGGGAAAUCAAGAAAGUGGUCGAUCCGGAGGACAAGCACCACGUCGUUCUCGUGCGGCCUUCUGGGCGUCUCAUUGCACUGGACCAAGAUGACUCGCUCUUGCGUGACCUGCGACCGGGCUGCCUUGCCGACGUCAAGGCAGCCUUCGCCAAGGCGGACCUGAACAAGGACGGUUUCCUGGACAAGUCUGAGGUCAAAGAAAUGCUCAAAGCCCUUGCCAAAGACCUGCCAAUCAUGUCAGAUGGAGAAAUUGACAAGCUCUUUGAUGCCGUGGACGCAAAUGCAGAUGGCCGGCUCAAUGUCACUGAGUUCAUUGACUGGUGCUUCGGCGCGAAAACCAUGGACGACGCAGAGCAUUCGGACCUGAAGGGGCAGCUCGCGCGGGCGAAGGCGUCUCUGGUGAAGGGGCUUCCCCCUGCAAAGAUCACACGCACUGGCAGUUCAUAG